GGUAAGAGUCGCAUGGCGCGUGCUUCUCUCCGCACCGCAGAAAAAUAAAUAAGUUUUUGCAGAAAAUUCCUUGCUUCGAGCUCGUGCUGUGGCGUCGCGUUAACGCGUGUCUUGACGAAGCCGGGAUUCAGGCCACGAGCGCUCCCUCUACAUUCGACCCCCGCCACCAUGGCAGACCCAGAUAUCGAUUUCACCAGCGGCGAUGCAGGGGCCUCUGCCACCUUUCCCAUGCAGUGCAGCGCGCUGCGUAAGAACGGCUAUGUGGUUCUGAAGGGGCGCCCCUGCAAAAUCGUGGAGAUGUCCACCUCCAAGACCGGCAAGCACGGGCACGCUAAGGUUCACAUGGUCGGGAUUGAUAUCUUCACUGGUAAGAAGUAUGAAGAUAUCUGCCCCUCUACCCAUAACAUGGAUGUCCCCAACAUCAAGAGAAAUGACUUCCAGCUGAUUGGCAUCACCGACGGGUUCCUCUCCCUGCUGAUGGACAACGGUGACGUUCGUGAGGACCUGAGGAUUCCCGAGGGUGACCUGGGCAAGGAGAUUGAGGGCAAGUAUGAAGCUGGAGAGGAGAUACUGGUCUCUGUGCUCUCUGCCAUGGGGGAGGAGUGUGCGGUUGCCAUCAAAUCCAUGACCAGCAAAUAGGAAGAGAAGAGACUGGAUGUUCAGGCUGAGACCUUAUACCACAACUCCUUCAUUUUGGCUCUAAUUCUCACCAAAGCUAUGGCCUUCAAACAACCUCAAGUUUCUGUUCUGGUUUUUCAUUUUGUCCCCCCCUCCCAACCCAAAAAACAUGCUGGACUUCUUGCAACUUGUCCCCCCAGUCCAAUUUGGCAUCCUGCCUGAUCAGAGGUUUUCAGUUUUAAAUUGCAUUCCUUGCCUUUUAAUUUUGCCUUUAAGAUGUCAGUCUUGCCACCUACAUUCCUGAAUGUUAAGGUUAAUAACGGGAUCCAAUUUUGUAAGUUUUUUUUUUUAUUAUUAUUACUUAGGUUGAAUAGUGCAGCAUUUAUGCCUUUCUGGGGGAAAAAUGCAUUUUGAGUUGAGAGGGAGGGGGGAAUUAACUGACAUUUAACUCCUUUAAUUUUAUUCCUACCUUGUGUGAAGGGGGGGGCUUGCUUUCCCAGCCUUGCCAGUGUUGACCACAGAUUGCUUACAAAACGUUCGCCCCGAGUCCCAGGCCACCCUCGCAGAAUGUUGGCUAACUGGAGUUGGCACUUAAAAGAUUUGGGUGGAAACAAAUAUUUUUGCCCGCUCAGAAACAAACUUCUAAAUGACUUUUUUUUUUUUUUUUUAACCAAGACAGACAUGGAUGGCCAGCACGGCUAUCCCUGGUAAACCUGAUAAGCGUCAAAGCCUGUACGUGUCUCGGCUGGGGAGGCUCUUUUCGAAUGUUUUGCUGGCGCCUUAUGUCGUGCUUUGGAAGGGACGCGGUUGGCGGGAGGUGGGGGUGUUGGAUUUUUGGUUCCCCCAACUCAAGGCCUUUUGUCACCAGACUGGAGAUAGCAAAAUAAAAAAUGAAUAGAGAAAUUUC